AACCUUCAUGUGUAUCAAGAUGAUCGUUUCUAUAAAAAAAGCAAACAGAAUGAACAAUUACGAAAACGAGAGUGUUUUUACACGGAGAUGGAUCUACUUGUGUUGUACGACAAUAUUUUCUGUGUAUGCGAUAUAUAAUUUGGAAUUACUUUGCAAAGAAGUAGCGAGUUUAGAAUUAGCGGGGCGCGACUUUGAUACGUAUUUGUUAUUUAUUUUGUUAAAUAUUGGUUGUAAAAGGUUGUUGUUUAUACGUGAAACAUUACCAAUAAGGUAAAAUAAAAAAAGGCAGAAAAAAGACAGAAAGAAAGCAAAAAUAAAC